GGCAAAAAGCCUGAUAUGGACAGAGAUGGCAGGACCAGUAGAAUAGAGAUUCUAAGGGGAGGCAUUUAUUUGAAAUCCUGAGGAAGAUCAGGAAGGACGGCAGGAAGGGACGAGAGGAGGCUAAUGAGACAUUAAAAGUGAUAAUCACACUUUCCUAUUACCAGGAAACUGAAACCGUUGCGCAUGUAUUGCUACAGUGCGAGAGGGACAGAGCAAGACAGUUCUAGUAUGAGGGAGAGGGGGAUACAGGAAAUUAGUUUAACGAGUAUAUUGAGUAGAAUUGUAUAUAUUUUUUCAUUAGAGCAACGGUGCUGGCAGGUAGGGUUUAGUUUCUCCCUGUCUCUGGCCCACACUCCAGUACAGUAAGUGGAGGUAAUGCACCAUUAUGUUGGAUGCUAACCGCCGAUAAACCCCACCCAAGAAGAAGACGAAUAUUUGGACGAGGACGCAUGCGGUCGCCUUUACAGGAAUAAUUUUGCAAUGAAUUCCAACAUAACGUCAACGGAUCCAUCGGACGACUGGGGUGACAUAAGCGAUGCAGAAUUACUCGAUGCACAGUCAGAGCAUCUCGCCCCUCCUGACCGGUCCCGUCCGACUCUCGGUGGGAAUGUUGGUGAUGAUGGUCAGUCCCUUGAAACAACAGAAAAGAGGAUUGAUUACCAUAUUAAAAAAUGGCCUUACCUCGCUCCCCUGUUUGAGAGGGUGAAGAACCGGAGCGCUGCCUUGUCUGUCCCCAACCAGAGCCCAAUGGAGAGAUUCCUUAAACGUCACCUCAGCGUUACACAGCUAUGUGAGCAGUCUUGGUGUGAGAUCAAAAUGGCCUAUGGGUUCAUUAAGCCUAAAGUAAGGAUGCUAGAGAUGCAAAAGACAGAAGUGACAACUGGGGCCAGUAUUCAUCUCGCCAGAGAACUGGAGGUCAAACCAAAUGUUGCUGUGGCUGCUGUCACCAGGGAGGACAGGGAGGCUCUGAAGCUAAUCAACAUGCUACAGAUGGUCCCAGCUUUAGAGGCAGGCCAGCUUGUGCGGGAGUUCCCAGUGUUUGGUGUGUUGGAAGGGAUGUUCUUCAUGGGUGUGGUUGAUGAGCUGUAUCGUAGUGACUCUGGGGAACUGGUCCUGAGUGAACUGAAGACCCGUAGUCACAACUCUCUGCCCCGCCCAGCCCAGACCAAGGGACACUCUCUACAGGGGAAGGAGACUGAGGAAGAGGAUGAUGUGGCAGUCAACAUGGAAAAAGAUCGAUUUAUGGAUGAGUUCUUUGUACAGGUGGAGGAGAUCCGAGGCUUCAUCGAGGAGCUCUCAGAGAAGGUGGAGGAGGUAAAGAGACAACACAGCGCCAUCUUGGCCGCCCCGAAUCCUGACGAAAAAACGAAGGCAGAGUUGGAACAGCUGAUGACAGACAUAAAAAAGUUUGCGAACAAAGUGCGCUCCAAGUUAAAAGGCAUUGACCAGUCCAUGGAGCAUGAGGAGGCUUUAAACGGGUCAUCUGCAGAUCUGAGGAUACGUAAGACACAGCAUUCCACGUUGUCUCGGAAGUUUGUGGAGGUGAUGUCGGCAUACAACGCCACGCAGUCGGACUACCGGGAACGCUGCAAGGGCCGCAUCCAGAGACAACUGGAGAUCUCUGGUAGGAACACAACUAAUGAGGAACUGGAGAGCAUGCUGGAGAGUGACAAUCCUGCCAUCUUCACAUCAGGGAUCAUCAUGGACUCCAACAUCACCCAGCAGGCCAUGAAUGAGAUUGAGACGAGACACACUGAGAUCAUCAAGCUGGAGAACAGCAUCAGGGAACUUCAUGACAUGUUCAUGGAUAUGGCCAUGCUGGUGGAGAGCCAGGGGGAGAUGAUAGAUCGUAUAGAGUACAACGUGGAGCACUCAGUGGACUAUGUAGAGAGGGCCGUGUCUGACACCAAGAAGGCAGUAAAGUACCAGAGUAAAGCAAGGAGGUUUCCUGAGGUUAUUUCUCUCAACGUGGGCGGGACCUACUUCACCACCCGCCUGUCCACUUUACGGCGCUAUGAGGACACCAUGCUCGCCGCCAUGUUUAGUGGACGCCAUCACAUCCCACGUGAUGCUGAAGGUCGCUUCUUCAUUGACCGGGAUGGGGCAUAUUUCGGGGACAUCCUGAACUUCCUGCGCGAGGGUGAACUACCUCAGAGGGAUCGUGUGAGGGCGGUACACAGGGAGGCCCAGUACUAUGCUAUUGGUCCCCUGUUGGACAGCCUGGAGGACACUCAGCCACUCACAGGAGAGAAAGUCCGCCAGGCCUUCCUCGACCUCCUGCCCUACUACAAGGAUAAUCUGGAGCGCAUCGUGGAGAUUGCCAAACUGCGGGCCAUGCAGAGGAAGGCUCGCUUCGCCAAGCUUAAGAUUUGCGUGUACAAGGAGGAGAUGCCCAUCACGCCGUACGAGCGGCCGCUCUUCAAUUCAUUGCGCUUCGAGCGCACGGAGAGUGAGGCCAAGCUGUUCGAGCACCACUGUGAGGUGGACGUGUCGUUCGGGCCCUGGGAGGCGGUGGCGGACGUUUACGACCUGCUCCACUGCAUCGUCAGUGACCUGGCGGAGCGUGGCAUCACGGCCGACCAACAAUGCAUCGGUGUCUGUGACAAACACCUCAUCAACCACUACUACUGCAAGAGGCCCAUCUACGAGUUCAAGAUCACAUGGUGGUAAAGCAGGACGACAAAAGAUCUUGCUGUCUGUGUUGUGAGGUGGACUCCUGUUGUGAUAUGCCAACUGAUCUCCUUCCUGGUCCCUCAGGAUGAGAGAGAAUAGGGGUAGUCAGUGUUAUUCUCCCUUUUCAAGAACUGAAACCUAUGAAGUGCUGAGUUUUAUAGAAAGGAGGGAGUCUGGCUUUUGUGCUUCUGUUUCCUAACUCAAUAGUUGUGACCAAUGUUUCCUUUGUGUUUAAUUGUUUUUAACAGUAUUUACCUAGGGUCUCAUUGGCUGCUUCUUAUUUUUUACUUGUUAAACUCUGGGAGUUUUUGUUCUCAUCCAACCUUGUAGAUCGGCCAAGGUUUUUCAGAAAAGGGUCAAGUUAAUCUCAUAUUGUGACUCCAGUGCUGUCUGUCCCUUUGUCUUCAUUCCUACUUAUGCUGUUAUGCAUUCUACGUUGUGCGUUUCUGUGGUAACCACUUUCUUGGUCGCGAGAGAAACUGGAUGCAAUUAAGCAAGCUGGGGAAAUAUUGUUUAAGUACUGUAUAUAGCUACAUGUAAAUGUCUAUUUUGUUACUGAGUAAGUAAGUGUCGAUUUUUUUCUUUGCUAAACAGUCUGUGAUCAGCAUGGCUUUGGAAAGUCAUUCUCUUUUUACCAUUACAGUUUUAAAGACCCAAAGGAAAUUAGAGAGUUGAAAAUCAAAUAGAUUAAAGGGGCAUGGUCAAAGUUAUUUUACUUCAGUUUCCUCUUGAUGGAUCCCAUAUGUUCUUUUAACUGGAAAUGUUUAUCUGGCGGUUGAAAAUGGUGCAUGUGCUUCCUGUAAGUAAAACCAGAAUUUCUCUCUGAAGGGGUUUCUAUAGAUGAAGGAACAUUUUUAAUGUGCUGCUAAAAGUAAUUUGCACUUAAAAAGCUAAGAACACAACAUAUACACUACAUGGCCAAAAGUAUGUGGACACACCUUCAAAUUAGUGGAUUCUGCCAUUUCAGCCACACCCGUUGCUGACAGGUGUAUAAAAUCAAGCACACAGACAUGCAAUCGCCAUAGACCAACAUUGGCAGUAGAAUGGCACGUACUGAAGAGCUCAGUGACUUUCAACGUAACCAUCAUAGGAUGCCACCUUUCCAAUAAGUCACUUUGUCAAAUUUCUGCCCUGCUAGAGCUGCCCCGGUCAACUGUAAGUGCUGUUAUUGUGAAGUGGAAACAUCUAGGAACAACAAUGGCUCAGCCGCGAAGUGGUAGGCCACACAAGCUCAUAGAACGGGACCACCGAAUGCUGAAGCGUGUAAAAAUCGUCUGUCCUCAGUUGCAACACUCGCUACCGAGUUCCAAACUGCCUCUGGAAGCAACGUUAGCACAAGAACUGUUCGUUAGGAGCUUCAUGAAAUGGGUCUCCAUGGCCGAGUUGCCACACACAGGCCUAAGAUCAUCACCAUGCGCAAUGCCAAGCGUUGGCUGGAGUGGUGUAAAGCUCGCCACCAUUGGACUCUGGAGCAGUGGAAACGUGUUCUCUGGAGGGAUGAAUCACACUUCACCAUCUGGCAGUCCGAAGGACGAAUAUGGGUUGGGCAGAUGCCAGGAGAACGCUACCUGCAAUGCAUAGUGCCAACUGUAAAGUUUGGUGGAGGAGGAAUAAUGGUCUGGGGCUGUUUUUCAUGGUUCGGGCUAAGCCC